UAUAAUAUUUUCAAAUCAUCUGGUAGCGUGUUGGUGAACAAUUUUCACGAAGGUCAAUAUUUUAAUCACAGUCGACAAACGUGUUAACUAGCGAUACAAAUAGGGGAGGAAAGGUGAGAGGUGAAUAGGCCCAGUCAAAUUUUGGCAGUAGGAGGAGCGCUAUAAAAUCGCCGCUGAUUUCGGCUAUCCACAUCAGUCUCUUCUUCGGCACCAGAGUAGCUGCACACACCUAUCUUCAACAUGAAAACAAUCAUCGCUCUCUGCGCCCUCGUGGCCAUCGCUGUCGCUGCUCCCCCUCACGAUUAUAGUCAGACGGUACUCGUGAAGGAGACGCCUCUGGACAAUAUCGGCAUUGACGGAUAUCAAUAUGGUUAUGAGCUCUCCAACGGCCAGGCCCAUCAGGAAUCUGCCCAGCUGGUGAACGCCGGCCACGAGAAUGAGAGCCUCGCCGUCCGUGGUAGCUUCACCUACGUCGAUCCGGAAACCAACGUCAGAUACACCGUCAACUACGUCGCCGACGAGAACGGAUUCCGUCCCGAGGGAGCGCAUCUGCCUUCCGUCUAAACCGAUUAAUUAAAAACUGAUUGUAAAUAAUACGCCUUACGCGUGCAAGAAUUUGGUCAUCCGAGAUUACGGCUACUGUUUGGAAAAAUUGUUGAUUUUUAUAAUUUCACAUCGUAACGAUUCGAUUCCGUUUUUUGUACAAUGGUUCAGCCCACACAUUUAAAAUAAAUAAGAUUUUUAUUAAAAAUGUACGGAGAAAAAUAUUAUUUUUAUAUUUUGAUAAUUAUAGUUUAAAA